CUCUCUUCUGGGCGACGCGGAUUGGAAGGGGUUCUCCAUACUUUCAACGAACUACUUUGUUUUUUCCCCCCUUUUUGUUUACUUUCUGAAACUGCAAGCACAUCUAAAUUAUCUUAGAGAGGAGCCAUGAAGUGGACCUGGGUGCUCGUGGCAGUUUUGCUGUCCUUUGGGGGGCUAUCAUUGGGCAAGGAGAGCUUGGACUUCCCAGAGUAUGAUGGCAAGGACCGCGUCCAUGACCUCAGCGCAAAGAACUAUAAGUCUGUGAUGAAGAAGUACGAUGUCAUGGUGGUGUACUACCAUGACCAUCCUGGAUCCAGCCGCGUCGCCCAGAAACAGUUUGAGAUUGAGGAGUUGGCCCUCGAGCUGGCAGCCCAGGUCCUGGAAGAGUUUGAUGACAAGGAAAUCGGAAUUGGUCUCAUUGAUGCAAAGCACGACAAGAGCGUUGCAAAGAAAUUAGGCCUUGAGGAGAGCGACAGCAUCUUCAUCUUCACAGAGGAUGAGGUCAUAGAAUAUGAUGGCGAGCUCGCGGCAGACAUUCUUCUGGAGUUCAUCUAUGAUGUUCUUGAGGAACCAGUGGAAAUUAUUGACAAUACUAGGGAACUGAAAGGCUUCAAAAACAUCGACGAGGACAUCAAAUUGGUGGGCUACUUUAAGAGUCACAAGUCAGAACAUUAUGAGGCUUUUGUCGAUGCUGCAGAAGAGUUCCACCCUCACAUCAAGUUCUUUGCUACAUUCAAUCCCAAGGUUGCCAAGACACUGGAGCUCAAGCUUAAUGAGGUCGACUUCUAUGAACCCUUCACUGACGAUCCGGUGCUCAUCCCUGGAAAGCCUUACUCUGAGGAGGAGCUGGUGAAAUUCGUUGAAGAUAAUGACAGACCAACCCUGAGGAAGCUGCAACCAUACAACAUGUACGAGAUCUGGGAUGACGAUAUCGAUGGUGAACACAUUGUUGCUUUUGCAGAGGAGGAUGACCUAGACGGUUUUGAGUUCCUGGAGAUCCUGAAGCAAGUUGCCAAGGAUAACACAGACAACCCUGGCCUCAGCAUUGUCUGGAUUGACCCUGAUGACUUCCCCCUGCUUCUGCCACACUGGGAGAAGACAUUUGGCAUUGACCUGUCCUCUCCACAGAUUGGCGUUGUCGAUGCUGAUGAUGCUGACAGUGUGUGGAUGGACAUGGAUGAUGGUGACGACAUGCCAUCUGUAGAAGAGCUGCAGGAAUGGAUUGAGGAUGUUCUGUCAGGUGAAAUUGAUCCUGAUGAUGAUGAUGAUGACGAUGAUGAUGAUGAUGAUGAUGAUGACGAUGAUGAUGAUGAUGAUGACGACGAUGAUGAUGAGGACGACGACGAUGAUGACGAUGACGACGACGACGAUGAUGACGACGACGAUGAUGACGACGAUGAUGACGAUGACGAUGAUGAUGAUGACGACGACGACGAUGAUGAUUACUAA